GGGUGGGGCUUGGGUAAGAUGGCGGCGGUGUCAGCGGCCUCCGCGAAGAGGAAGAGCGCCGGCAGUCCGGCCGGCGGUAGGGCGAUUCUGACGAGCAAGCGGGAGCCCAGUAUUAAACUGCAGUACCCGGUGAGCGGGCCCGAGCCGCUCAGUUGGUCCGAGGACAACCGGCUUUCAAUCACCACCGGCAAAAACAUCUACGUCCUGGAGCAGAUCUGCGACAUCCACAACAACGGACUGGACAUGGUGAUCCACAGGACCUCGGUCCCAGCACCCAGUCAGAGCUGCUCCCUCAAGGUUGGCUCUCAGGCAGAAGUAAGUGGCUGCAAAGACAAGUUCCUGAGCAAAAAAGAUCCAACUCUAAGUCAUUCACUAAUGAUGGACAGGGUCUUUAAUCCUGAAGGAGGUGCUUUGUCACCAUUGCGAGGGUUUAAAUUUACCAGCUGGUCUCCUUUGGGUUGUGACUUCAAUGGAAGAUGUCUAUUGGCAUCUUUGACACUGGAUAAUAGACUCUCCAUCCAGGUGAAUGUGAACAGGUUGCAGUGGACACCAGCUUUGGAUAUUACAGAGGUAUAUGGUGAGAUGCUGUAUGAGAACAAAUACGGGAAUUUGGAUGCAGAUCUGGGUGGGGAGUUAAAGGAUUUCUCUGAAUUCCAAAGGAGACACUAUAUGCAGGCUCCUGUUAGAAUGGAAUGGUCGAGUAUCUGCAACACUCAACGUGUAAAAGCCAACAAUGAGUGUGAAGACGUGGGCACUGUACUGUUAGCUGUCCUGCUUGAAAAUGGUGAUGUUGUUAUAUGGCAAUUUCAAAUCCCAUUUCAUGGCAAAGAUUCUAUCAUUGCAUGCAGUACCAUUGAAUCAGGUAUUAAUGACCCAAGUGUUCUGGCAUGGUGGGAAUACGAACAUGGUAGUCGCAAAAUGAGUGGGUUGAUUGUUGGCAGUUCUACAGGACCUGUUAAGAUUCUGCCAGUGAACUUGAAAGCAGUGAAAGGUUACUUCACUCUCCGACAGCCAGUAAUUCUUUGGCAAGAGAUGGAUCAGUUACCUGUACACAAUAUUAGAUGUAUCUCGCUCUACCAUCCCUACCAGAAGUGCAGCUGCAGCUUGGUUGUUGCAGCCAGAGGAACCUAUGUUUUCUGGUGCUUACUAUUGAUAUCCAAAGCUGGACUGAAUGUUCACAAUUCUCAUGUGACAGGCCUCCACACUCUUCCCAUUGUGUCUCUGACAGCCAACAAACAAACUGCAAGUUUCUACACUUGCUCUGUUGAUGGAACCAUUCGAAAGCUGACUCCUCUUUUCACGGAUGUAGCAGUAAAGUUUGAUCAUACCUUAAUCAAAUUACCAGAAUCAAUUGGCACAGUGAGACUUCAUGGGAUAUGUCUCAGCCCAAAUAAUGCAUACCUUGCUCUUGUGACAGCAGAAGGUAUAAAUAAUGGCCUCCAUCCAGCUAGCCGUACAUACCAGGUGCAGUUUAUAACUUUAAAAACGCCAGAAGAAGCAGCUUCUAAAAUUUUAGAAUCUUCCAUUCACAAUUUGUUCAAACAAGUGGACUUACUUGACCUUGUACGCUGGAGAGUGUUGACUGAAAAACGUAUUCCUCCAGAGCUGGAUGAAGCUCUAGACCAUAAACUCCAGACAAAUCCAUCUAAUUACUUGUGGCGGUUAAGACUUUUUCUCUUGAAGAUUCUGUUUCAGACCCUACAAAAGGCACCCACUGAAGCACUUUGGAGACCAAAUCAUUGUGAGUCAAAAAUUUUGCGUUGUGACAACUCUGCAUUGUUAAGCGAAAAUAAUCGACAGCCAGAUGAGGCAAAGACCAGUACAGAGAGUACUGAAACAAACAGAGGGGUUGGAAGUCAAGGCGAGGAUUUGACAGUGGGUGCUAAAGAUGGCAAUACCGAAGAACAGAUUCAUGAGAUGAUUGCUAAGAAAUUGAAUGCAAUUCAAACUAACAUUGAAGUAGUGGAACUCCACCUGACACGUGAACAUAUGAAACGAGUUCUGGGUGAAGUGUACCUUCACACCUGGAUUACUGAGAACACCAGUGUUCCAACUAGAGGCAUUUGUGACUUCUUGACCUCUGACCCCAGCUACGAUGAUCGGACAGCCAAGGUCCUGAUUUCUCACAAUUUGAAGAAAUUGACUAAACAGACCUUUCCUGAACACUGUUCUCUUUGUAAAGAGGUUCUACCAUUUACUGAUCGACGCAAGGCUGUCUGCUCCAAUGGGCACAUUUGGCACAGAUGUGUUCUAACGUACCAUGCUUGUCAGAGUCUGACCUAUCGCAGAUGUCUGCUACAAGACAGCAUUGCUCGACAGCACUUACCCUCAGAUCCUGAUUGGAUAAAGCGCCUGCUACAGAGUCCUUGUACGUACUGUGACUCUCCUCUCUUCUGACAAGCCUUCAAGCCAUUGAACAAAGGAUCAGAGUGCACAUCUGUAUCUUAAGUUUAGCAUUGGGAAGAUGAGACUUAAGAUAUUGACUCCUCUGUUGGGGGGGUAUUGUGUUUAUUCAAUAGUGGUAUUGUCUUAUAAUUAGAGACAUUCAAAGAUGCAGCUUUGUGUUCUAUGAAACACUAAAGGAAAACCUCGAGGAUUCUUAGCACCUUUCCACCAACAUCAUGAUCAUGAAUUCCAAGGGCAAUGGAGAGGACUGUAUGUUAAGCUUUCUUAUUUACUUUUCUUCAUUCUUCAGGAGUAGGAAUGAAUGUAAAUUAUUAUUUCAGUCUGAGAAUAAGAGUGAGAACAUAAUGGUCAGCAUAGAAAGUGAAGGAAUAAUAGGCAAAAUCUCUUCAAACUGCUGCUGUUCAUGCCUGUCUAGAUCAAGUUUUCACUUGAUGAAUUGAAGUAACUAUCUAAAAGUUAACCUGUGUCACAAUUUUCUGAUGAACACUUGCCUAUAUUUGCAUUUGCAAAACCAGUUAAACAAGACUCUAAGGUUGCCUGUGGGAACAACGUGAAAAUGAAAUUUUACAUUACUCAAAACCUCUAAUGGCAAAGUAAUGUGUGAUUCGUGUCGUAUAUCCAGAGCAGCUAGGGUAGUUAGACUUUUUCCAAUGUAAGUCUCUGAACACGGAUGAAUGCCAAAAAUAUCAGGCUUACAAUGCAAUUAUUCAAGUCCCAAAAUGUGGGUUGCUGAGUGGAGUGGAGUGGGGAGUGUGGAUUUGUAUUAGAGCUCGGCAAGUAGCAACCAUAAUGUAAAGUGUCCCUGUAUUUAAAGUUUAGGCUGGGAGAAAUGAAAUACACUAACAUGCUACUGGCCUUCAGAGAAUUGGUAUCCGUCAUUAAAGGUGGGUUGGUCACUAGUUUCGGACUGUUACUUAGACUUUCUCUGUUUUUUUCUUUGUUUAAUGUAUGUUUUCAGUUUUAAAGCUUUGUUUAAAUUUUGUUUAACGACUACAUCUAUUGCGUACAUUUGUGAACGCAACUUAAAAGUGAAACUACUUUUUUGUACAAUAAGAAUUGUUUUCUCAAUAAAUCUGUUACUGUUUGGAUAAAAUUUUCCAUCUUGUGAAAUAUAAAUGAAAAUGUCUUGGGCACUUUUUUUAUUUUAAGUGUGGCACAGGCUAUUAAGUUGCACGGUUUCAUUAUUGUACGUCAGAUGUUGACAGCUUGCAUGUACUUAAUGCUAUUAAUUUUAAAUAAUGAAAUACAAAUCAUGAAGUCCUUCCUUUUGGAAGGAAAAAGUACUGAGCAUUUAUCUUUUCUUCACUGUAAUAUGCCUGCAACAACCAUCGACUUCUAAAGCCAAUAUCAUGCAUUUAGGUAACUUCACACUUCUCACCUGGUUGGUCCUGCUGCUCUGAUGUUAGCCAACAGCUAAAUACAGUUAUUUGAGGAAAAAAGUAUUCCUUCAAUCAGUUAAACAAAAAGAAAAAUGUUUUCUUUUUAAAGAGAAACAAUAAUUUAGGACAGACUCUAUAGUUGUUGGAAAGCAAGCGUUUCCAACAGGCUAAACUAUGCCGAUUGAGUUUCCAAAUAAAAGCUCGAACCUAUCAUUUUUAUUCAUUCAUGGAACAUGAAAGAUACUGGCUAUAUUUAUUGCCCAUUCCUAAUUGCCCUUGAAGAUGAUAAUCUGCUGCCUUGAAGUGCUGCAGUCCUUGUGUUGUAGAAAGUUCAAGACUUCUGACCCAACACCAGUGAAGGAACAGUGGAAUCUCUAAUUUUUCUAGCUGCUGUGGAUCUGGAGUCACAGGUAAUGUGAAGUGAGCGCAUGUUUUAUUUGGAAUUCAGAACUGGAAAAAGGGAGUUUGGAUGAUUGGUUUUAUUUGUAGUUCAAAGAAACUGUGGAACUGUGUGGCCAAUUAUUGUUUACACACGUAAUUAGUUGAAACGUUGGAUUUGAUACUUCUGUGACGCACACUGGUACCCAGGGACUUUGGAAGGAAAAAGACAAUUGCCUGACAACAACGCAUGGAUAGCUUGUAAGUGGUAGAUUUUCACAGAACUGAGAAGAUGGACAGUUAUCAUGAAGCAGACCUCCAAACCCUGCAAGCAAGAUAAAUUAGAAAAGGAACUGCUAACUCAGGUCCAACCUAAGGAAUACUGCAAUUGACAAUACAGUAUCGUAGCAAAAAAAAAGUUUUUAAAAAAAAGUCCUCAAUCUACCCCUUUUGGGGUUUGAAAUCUGAUCCAUAGACUUUGGUAUUUUUCUCCUAUCAUUUUCACCGAUGAUAUUUCUGGAAAAAAAAGUUUGUCUCAUUUGCCGUGUCUAUCCUAUGUGUGAGUGAAUGUGUUUGGCUUUAAAAGGACGUAUAGUUUAAGUUUGCAUUUUAGUAAUUAAUUGUUAUUGCCACGGAGGAUCAGUUUAUUAAAAUAAAUAUGUUUUGUAUUCUUA